GCCCCCUCUCAGUGUGUGUCUGGUCCUGCUGGUGUGUGUCCCCCCGCUGCUGCCUGUUCACCCACUGUUUACACUGGUCCACCCUGGUCAGAGCCCUGAGCUCCGUCAUCUCCAGCCACCAUGUCUCGACCCCUGUCCGACCACGACAAGAGGAAACAGAUCUCGGUGCGAGGUCUCGCCGGCGUUGAGAACGUGUCGGACCUGAAGCAGAACUUCAACCGGCACCUCCACUUCACCCUGGUCAAGGACAGGAACGUGGCCACCAGGAGGGAUUACUACUUCGCCCUGGCCCACACGGUGCGGGACCACCUGAUUGGCCGGUGGAUCAGGACCCAGCAGCACUACUACGAGAAAGACCCCAAACGUGUGUACUACAUCUCCCUUGAGUUCUACAUGGGCCGCACCCUGCAGAACACCAUGGUGAACCUGGCCCUGGAGAACGCCUGUGACGAGGCCAUGUAUCAGGUGGGUCUGGACAUGGAGGAGCUGGAGGACAUGGAGGAAGACGCCGGUCUGGGGAACGGCGGUCUGGGCCGUCUGGCCGCCUGUUUCCUGGACUCCAUGGCUUCUCUGGGCCUGGCUGCCUACGGCUACGGCAUCCGCUACGAGUUCGGCAUCUUCAAUCAGAAGAUUGUCAACGGCUGGCAGGUGGAGGAGGCUGACGAUUGGCUGCGCUAUGGCAACCCCUGGGAGAAGGCCCGUCCAGAGUACAUGCGUCCUGUGCAGUUCUACGGCAGGACUGAGCAUCACCCUGAUGGAGUCAAGUGGGUCGACACCCAGGUGGUCCUGGCUCUGCCGUACGACACUCCUGUUCCGGGCUACAGAAACAACGUGGUCAACACCAUGAGACUGUGGUCGGCGAAGGCUCCCUGCGAGUUCAACCUCAAAGACUUCAACGUUGGCGGCUACAUCCAGGCCGUGCUGGACAGAAACUUGGCUGAGAACAUCUCCCGUGUGCUGUAUCCCAACGACAACUUCUUUGAAGGGAAGGAGCUCCGUCUGAAGCAGGAAUACUUUGUAGUGUCUGCCACCCUGCAAGACAUCAUCCGCCGUUUCAAGGUCUCCAAGUUUGGCUCCAGGGAGGUUGUUCGCACCGACUUCAACAAACUGCCUGAAAAGGUGGCCAUCCAGCUGAAUGACACCCACCCGGCCAUGGCCAUUCCCGAGCUGAUGAGGGUCCUGGUGGACGAGGAGAAGCUGACAUGGGAUAAUGCCUGGGACAUCUGUGUCCGCACCUGCGCCUACACCAACCACACCGUCCUCCCCGAGGCCCUGGAACGUUGGCCCGUGGACCUGUUCGCACAUCUGCUCCCACGGCACCUGGAAAUUGUCUAUGAAAUCAACCGUCGCCACCUAGAGAGAGUUGCUGCUCGUUACCCUGGCGACCACGACCGUCUCCGUCGUAUGUCCCUGAUCGAGGAAGGCGGACAGAAGAGGAUCAACAUGGCCCACCUGUGCAUCGUGGGCUCCCACGCCGUUAACGGCGUGGCCCAGAUUCACUCCGACAUCCUCACAGCCACCAUCUUCAAGGACUUCUUUGAAAUGGAGCCUCAUAAGUUCCAGAACAAGACCAAUGGCAUUACUCCCCGCCGCUGGCUGGUCAUGUGCAACCCGGGACUGGCUGAGGUCAUCGCAGAGAGAAUUGGUGAGGACUUCAUCCGUGACCUGGAUCAGCUGAAGCGUCUCCGCAACUUUGUCAACGACGAGGCUUUUAUCCGCGAUGUUGCCAAAGUCAAACAGGAAAACAAGAUGAAGUUCGCCGUGCACUUGGAGGAGCACUACAAGGUGAAGAUCAACCCCAACUCCAUGUUCGACAUCCAGGUCAAGAGGAUCCACGAGUACAAGAGGCAGCUGCUCAACUGCCUGCACAUCAUCACCUACUACAACCGCAUCAAGAAGGAGCCCAACAAGCAGUGGACCCCGAGGACAAUCAUGAUUGGAGGAAAGGCCGCCCCUGGUUACCACACCGCUAAGAUGAUCAUCCGUCUGAUCACGGCCAUCGGUGAGAUGGUCAACAACGAUGCCGUGGUUGGAGAUCGUCUGAAGGUCAUCUUCCUGGAGAACUACAGGGUCACACUGGCAGAGAAAGCCGUCCCUGCAGCGGACCUGUCAGAGCAGAUCUCCACGGCCGGAACUGAAGCCUCUGGCACUGGAAACAUGAAGUUCAUGCUGAACGGCGCCCUGACCAUCGGUACCAUGGACGGAGCCAACGUCGAGAUGGCCGAGGAGGCCGGCGAGGAUAACCUUUUCAUCUUUGGCAUGAGGGUGGAUGACGUGGACGCAGUCGACCAGAAAGGUUACCACGCCGAGGCGUACUACAACCGUCUGCCGGAGCUCAAACAGGCCAUCGACCAGAUCGCCACGGGCUUCUUCUGCCCAAAGCAGCCUGACCUGUUUAAAGAGAUCGUCAACAUGCUGAUGCAUCAUGACAGAUUUAAAGUCUUUGCAGACUAUGAAGACUAUAUCAAAUGUCAGGAGAAAGUCAAUGCUCUUUAUAAGAACCCCAAGGAAUGGACCAAGAAGGUGAUCUACAACAUCGCCGGAUCCGGAAAGUUCUCCAGCGACCGCACCAUCGCCCAGUACGCCCGUGAGAUCUGGGGCAUGGAGCCCACGCUGGAGAAACUCCCCGCCCCCGACGACAUGCACUAAAGUGCCUCCAGGACAGUCAACGAACGACCCCCCCCAUUCCCCUCUGACAAGUACCACUUCACAGGGCAGUCUCUGCUCAGAAUGACCCCCCCCCCACAGACCCUGCCUCCACCUGUGGUAACUGCCCUCCGUUCUCUGCCACGGACUGGAACAUUUUAUACUUUUUAACGUUCACAUCCUCAUCCAUCUGUACUUGUUACUGUGGAUGAAGGGUCUCUGUGGGGGGGUGGGGAGGGGGCAAUUGGUUAAUUUAUUGGUGAUAAUGUUUUUUGUUAAAAAUAAAUAUAUAAAUAAUCUCAAAGAUUUUCCACUCAGAAACUAUUCUGGAAUAAAGAAAAUCUUGAAUAAA